GGGGGAACAGUUGGAUCGUGUGUGUGUCUGCUCCGCGUUGCUUUCGCGUGUGUGCGCACGGACGCACGCACGGACGCGCGGCGGGUGCGUGCGUGUGCGCGCAGGCGGAGGAUCGCUGAGCCGAGCCGAGUCCAACCGUCGUGGAGCAGGCACAAGCCGCGAGGCGCGCAGGAGGAGCCGCGAAGCCACGAGCACCCGUCCACACAGAGACAAGAACAAGAACAACAAGAACAAGAACAAGAAGAAGAACAGAAAAAACAAAAGACAUUUUACAAGAAGCGGCGACUUGGAAGCGCGAGGAGAGAGAGAGAGAGAGAGAGAGAGAGAGAGAGAGAGAGAGAGCGAGCGAGCAGCGGAAGUUCAGUGUCCACGAAGCCAGAGAUCGAAAAUGGGAGGCAAGCUCAGCAAAAAGAAGAAGGGGUACAACGUGAACGAUGACAAGGCCAAAGACAAGGACGCCAUAGUGGAGGGGGCCUCUACCGAGGAGAGCGAAGCUCCGAAGGACAACAAAGACGAGGCCCAGGCUGCCGAUGCCAAGGAAGUAGCAAACGACACGGCGGCCAAGGAGGCGCCGGCAGCGGACGCCGCGGCGGCCAAAGACGAGGAAAAGAACGCAGCUCCCGCCGCAAAGGAGCCCGAGAAGCCCGCCGCCAACGCCGAGCCGAAAACGGAGGCGGCGAAGAGCGCGGAGCCCGCCAAGGCCGAGGAGAAACCUGCCGCCCCCGCCCCGGCCAAAGAGUCGGCCCCCGCCGCCAAGGAGCCCGAGGCCAAGGCCGCGGCGCCCGCCCCGGCAGCCGACAGCAAAGACGAGGCCGACGCCAAAAAGACUGAGGCCCCCGCGGCACCAGCAGCCAAAGCCGAGGCAGCCCCCGCUGCCUCCCCUGACCCCAAGCCUACAGAGGCGGCGGCGCCGGCAAAGGAGGCCGCCGCUGCCGCCACCGCACCUAGUUCAACACCAGCCGCCGAACCUCCGGCCAAGGAGGCGAACGCCACAGAGGCGCCGAGCAAGGAUCAAACCGUAGCAGUUCAAGAUUAAUGGACAGCUCCUUUUCGGAAAUGAAAAAAAAAUGAAAAAAUGAAGUACCUAACUCAACGACGAUGAAGAAAAAAAGAAAAAAAUGGAAAAGAAAUUAACUAGCCCCGCCCACAUUAUGAUAAUAAUAACAAUAAUAAUAAUAAUAAUUGUAAUGAUGAUGAUUUGUUGAAUGACGACGGACUGGAGCAACCACCGGGGGGAAGUGUUUCCACCGCUGCGGACGAUUAUUGCUUGUUAUUAUUAUUGUUAUGUUUUACUCUAUUUUUUUUCUGCUGUAGUAUUUGAACUUUGAUACGAGUCUGUGUCGGCUUCACCAUCUCACAUCCAUCAUCCUCCAUCAUCAUCAUCCGCUCAUACCCGGUCCAGAGGUUUCACCCGGCGCUCAGGGGGACGACCGGGAACAAAUCUAAAUUUGGGGAAAUGGAUCUGGGGGAAGAGGAGGGGGCGGGGUUUAAAGAAAUCUCUUUCCCAGCUGGACUUCCAUCGAUCCGUCCACACUUCAUCUCUCCUCCCUCGCUCGUCCUCAGCGUCGUGUUCUGGCCUCGGGCCUGGUACCUGCUCGUUCUCUGGUGCCGUGCAGCUCUGGUUGUGUCCAUCCGCCCCGUCGCUCUUUGGUAUCGUCGAGUUGUGUCGUUGCACCUUUCCCCCCCCUCUUGCGACCCUUCUUCUUUUCCGACGACUAAACUUCUCCGGGGAGUUUACGUUCACGUCGCGAGGACCGAGAACCUUCGGGCUUUCUAAGACGUGUUCGGAGGCUUUGCAGAGAAAAACACAUUCUCAGACACAAAACAGUCGUAGGAGUUUUUCAGAUGAGAUUCUAGAUUUUGUACUGAAACCCUUAGGUAUAUUGCUAGAGGACUAAGUGGUUUUUUAAACAUUUGUAAUACGCUUAUUUAAAAAACCUGCAAAGCCUCGCGGAAGAGACGACGUCGCCGGCGUUCUUAGAAAGGUUCGAAAUCUCUGAUCCCUGCGUCCAAAUCUGAAGACAAACUCUUUGCAGAUUUUUUCAGAUUUGGUUUGACACAUCGACUCUCUGACCACGAGUUCACACGAGACGGUGUGAACUCGCCGAGAAAACCAAGAAGGUGACGUUUGCUGCACCGACGGCAGGAAGGAGCUCGACUGGCUCUUCAGCUCUUUCCUGCGACUGAAUAUGACCAAAUCCUUCACUUGUAAAAAGUGAAAAUAUGACAAAGGAAGAGAGACAUUUGUACAUUGGACUUCAGUCGAGAGAACAUUUUUGAAUUCAUCCCUAAAUUCAAAUUUUGUUGGAUUUGGGAAUUUAAAUUUGAGAAUUUCCAUCUACCGUGAAACCACGUCGGACGGGACGGGAGCGACUGCGUGGCGCCGCUGCUUGGCCCGGGGAAAACCAUCAGAACCCUCAGCACCAUCAGAACCAUCAGCACCAUCAGAACCAUCAGCACCAUCAGAACCCUCAGCAACAUCAGAACCCUCAGCACCAUCAGAACCAUCAGCACCAUCAGCACCAUCAGAACCCUCAGCACCAUCAGAACCAUCAGCACCAUCAGAACCAUCAGAACCAUCAGCACCAUCAGAACCAUCAGAACCCUCAGCACCAUCAGAACCAUCAGCAACAUCAGAACCAUCAGAACCAUCAGCACCAUCAGAACCAUCAGAACCAUCAGCACCAUCAGAACCAUCAGAACCCUCAGCACCAUCAGAACCCUCAGCAACAUCAGCACCAUCAGCACCCUCAGAACCAUCAGCACCAUCAGAACCAUCAGCACCAUCAGCACCAUCAGAACCAUCAGAACCAUCAGAACCAUCAGAUAGCACUGGGUCUGUGCUGUGGUCCCACGUUUCUGUGGCAACCGUGCUGUCGUUAUGGGAUGGCAAAAGCUACAUGAAAGGGAGACUCUGAUUUUCAUGCCUCAUGCAUUCUUCUUUUUCCUUUUCUGGAAUAUAUAUAUAUAUCACAAAUACUCUCUGAACAUAGAGCAGUGGAGGGGAAAGUACUGAAGUCAAGAAAAGGUAAAUGAAAAGGAAUGAAGAGCACGGGAGGAACGGCAGAUUGAAAGAAAGGAGAUAUGUAGAAACAAGGAUGUAAGGAAAGAAGUAAAACAAGAGAAGGAAAAUAAAUUUGGGGAAAAUGACAAGAAACAUCUGUGAUAUCUCAUAAUCUCUAAGACAAUCUGAAUUUACCAUUGAAGCCGAUUUCAAGUGACAAAAUUGAGGAACACAAAAUUGUGUUCAACUACGUCACUUUAGCAAAAUGUACUUUCCUACAUUCCACGUUUGCAUAUACGUAUAGAGGUGUAUAUGUGUUUAUAUAUAUAUUCGCUCAUCUCAGCCAUUUCAACGUUUUUUUGUUUCAUCCGCCCGACGCGCAGCGUUUUCCUCGCCGCACUCAAAACCGUAGCAGAGACAAAGACUCGGGAGCGUUGUCGCGCGGGUUCAUUCGGUUUCCUCGUCCUCUCUUGACUCGGUGAAUUGCAUGUCCGUGGUUGGGUGAACCUGUAGUCCUGUCUUUUUUGGUCAAGUGGAAAAAAAAAUGAAUAAAAAAAAAUUUAAAAAAUAUAAUUCUCAAGUCUGCAUCCAUGGCAACUGCGGUCAAUAUUUUCAUCCCAUGUGUCACCGCCGCUCUCUCUCUCCACACCACACGUUCAUUCAAACUAACUUAAAAAAAAAGAUAAUAUGGAAAUUGAUGCAUUCAAAAUUAUAUGUACUUGUAUAAAUGGUGCAACAGUAAUAAAAUGUACGAAAUUGACUGAAA